AUGACUCUAUCCUUAAGCACGCUCCCUCCAUUCCCUCUCGACUUCGAUGGCAACCCUGAGUUCAUUGUCCCUCUCUUCCACGGCACAUUCGGUGGCACUAAACUCAAUGAAUCCAGGCUCUCCGAUAACAACGACACCGUUCAUACUUACCCCUUCGAAUGGACUAAGGACUUCCAAUUCCUCCUCCUUGGCGAUAUCCACCUCCGUCAAAAUGGCACCAACAAAUACGGCACACUCUGGGGUUACUCUGGCAGUCUUAUCCAACAGAACAUCGGCGAAGACAUCAUCGACCACGGCUUCUCACUUUGGGACCUCCGUGAACGCAAGAUACACAACUUUAACGUUUACAACCCAUUCGGCUUCAUUGUCCUCUCAUUCCUCGAUGAUGAAUGGAACAUCCGAUACAAAAAUAAAUAUAUCCCACUCAAUCUCCUCAUCAACAACCAAUUCUUCCCUAAACAGGUCUCCAUCACCAUCAGAGGCCAAUGCGACACCGCAGCUAAACAACUCCUCUUUCAGAUCUUGCAUCAACACAACAUCACCCAUGACUUUCGAGAUGAAACACUCCUACAAGAACUACAACCAUCACCCUCUGAACCCAAUGGGCCUGACUUCCUCACCUCACAAGUUAAUCAUGUCACUGACCUUAAUGACCCUAAACUCCUUAUCGACUUCUUCAAGACUCAGUCUCAAGAACUACAGCUCACAACCCCCCACAUCGAUAGAUUGACCUUCUGGUUUAAUGACCUUUCACGCUUCACAUUAUCCACCUCGUCUUUCCCUUCCAUCGCACAUACCGCCAUCAAUGACCUCAACUCUAAGAUCACCUCCCUAUAUAACACCAUCUUAACUGAUACCUCCCCUGCCGCACAUAACACAUCCUUCAGCAUUAAAUACAUCACAUGGAAUAACAUCUCCUGCUACUCUGAUCAACCCUCUUGGAUUAACUUCGAACAACUCCACCGCAAACUCUACACCAUCAACGCACCCAAUGGAUGUGGCAAGAGUUCCAUCUUCAACGCUAUCACCCUUGCCAUUUGGGGCGAUAUCGCAUCCAAUCAUUCCCUCACAUCCCUCACCGCUAGCAUCAUCCGCGAUAAACAACGCACCGCUACCACCACCAUCGUCCUUCAACUCCACUCUGGCGAAUUCCUCAAGAUACAUCGCAAGUUCCAUCGCCGCACCCUUCAACCUAACACUACACAAAAUGAAUGCUCCCUCUCACUCUUCUCUUGCCUCGAAUUUCAACGAUUCCUUAAUGAAACAUCCUAUAAACCUCUUCCAACUCAAACUCAACAAAAAAAUCUGCUAAUGACCUUAUCAUCUCCUACGUCGGAACACUCCACUCCUUCCUCCGCAACUCCAUGA